CUCAGUCAGGAAGUUGGCUUACUUCAGCUUGUACUUGAGUACGAGGCUUUAAGGAAAGACCACACGGCAGCACCAGCUAGCUACCGAAGCUAACCCUAGCUGGCCGCAAGGCUUUUCUACACCGACGCACCAUUCACUGAGCCUGCAAGCAAAGUCUGCCAUAAUGAGCGCAGCCUCCUCCCAAAAAGUUGUGCUGAAAAGUACCACCAAAGUGUCCCUAAACGAGCGGUGAGGCGCCACGCACCCUGUCAGCAGUUACACACCAGAUGCAAGGGCCAGCCGUGGCUUGUGACCGUUCUAGUGCUCCCUACGGAAGGCUACUGUUGGGGGACCCGACCUGACAUGGAUGCUAUUCUAGCCCUCCCCAGUGUGUGCACUGCUCACUCACCCUUGUUGGUUCCGUCAAUGUUUUCUGACGAACCGGUGGGGUUGGAUGUGAUUGUAGCGUGGAGAAGAAGGGGCGGACCGAGGCCUGAUAUCUUGUGAGCAGUACACACACAUAGACGAGGGGAGAGGGCAGUGGUUGUUCAGGCUAAGCGUUGGUUAGCCUAUGCUGGACCGGACCACUGUCCUGCAAACGCUCCGGCACACCUGCUCACUUUUAAACGGCACAGUAUACAUCAAGUAUACACCAAAAAGGGGAGAGGAAGGCUUAAGCUAAACCAGGAUGAUGAGGCACCUCUCAAUCCUUUCAGCCUAAACCAGUGAAAGUAAAGCAAAUGCCUUUUUUAUCCUGCUUGUGUCUCUUUCUCUUCUCAAUCUAUAAAAGACCAGAUACUCAGUCCCAGCUUGGACGUGACAAAGAGAUCUCCUUGCCUCUUAUCUGCCCAUCCCUUGAGUCUCUGUGGUUUGACCACACGUCGCGGUCCUUGCUGUAAGUGGCUGGGUGGAAAGGCACUCCUCACGUCCAGGGCCUCUGCUGCUGCAGCGCCAUGACACCCAAGCCUGGCAGCUGGAGGCCUGUAAGUGGCAAAUGGCGUUCUUCUCUCCCUGUCUCUACUUCUGAGUUUUUCUUUCUUAGUUUGCCUUUCUUGUGCUUCUUUGAGAGAACGUGCUAAAUUCAAGUAUUAGUCAUUCUGGAUGGUCAUGUCGUUGAGAAAGUCAGUGCCAACAUCUGGAACAUACGUCUUGCAUAACCAAACGGCCACCGCCGUCUGCGUGGCUUCAUCCGUUCUAUGAGAAAUUGACUUGAUGUGGAACCCUGCUUCCUCCUCCUCCUGCAUAUCCGCUGUCCCCCUCUUUUACUUCCUCCCUCUUUUUCCCUCCCAACUCCAAAGCUUCACUAACAUGCUGAAGAACAAGCAGCCCACAGCGGUUAGCAUUCGAGCCACCAUGCAACAGCAGCAUUUGGCUAGUGCCCGCAAUCGCCGGCUGGCCCAGCAGAUGGAGAACCGGCCCUCGGUGCAAGCAGCUCUGAACCACAAGCAGAGCCUGAAGCAGCGCCUGGGGAAGAGCAACAUCCAGGCCCGGCUGGGCCGGCCUGUCGGGACUCUGAUGCGUGGAGGAGCUGCUGGAGGUAGAGGGGGAAUGCGAGGGAUGAGCAGGGGCGCCCUCCGAGGAAGAGCCAGAGGAGGAGUAAUGAGGGGAGCCCUGUCCCUUAGAGGGAAGCGAGUGACUUCCACAGGGGUCCCGAUGCGAGGUCGUGGCUUUGCUGGCCGUCUGGCAAUGCGUAGAGGAGGCCGCCACCGCGGAGGACUUCCCGGCAGAGGAGGAGCUCUGUCCAGAGGAGCAGCACGAGGUGGAGUAGCAGUCAGAGGACGUGGAGGACUGCGUGGGCGCGCUGGUUUCGCCGGGCGAGGCGGUCGUGGCCGUGGACGAGGUCGAGGUGUUGGCCGACAAGCUGUAACCCGUGAACAACUGGACAACCAGCUGGACGCCUACAUGUCGAAGACCAAAGGCCACCUGGAUGCUGAGCUGGACGCCUACAUGGCCCAGGCAGACCCCGACAGUAUGGAGUGAUGCUGGAGGACACAUGCAGAGUCACUGCACAACUGUACAGCUGAACUCGCCCCAGAGUAAUGGGUGCAGAGUCGAUCGUUUGUAAUUUAGAUGAGCAGUGACAGUCCAGGACUCUUAGCUUUGGAACGGCAAGAAAUCAAGGUUUCCCUUGAUCAUGCUUCGACCACUACUCGGUUCUACAUCUACCUGCUCGUGCAACAUCCCUUUUUAAAUCUGGAUUAAAUGUAUGGAGGGACCUUUUUAAACAUCAACAAACUCUGCCGUCUGUAGACCUCAUUUUUUUAUAAUUAUUUUUCCUCUUUUAAAAAAAAAAAACUAUGACCAGAGAAACGCUUUAAAUGUUUAGGACAAGAUUCUA